AUGCUGCCCAGGGCUGGGGUCUGCUACUUCCCGUGGGAGAUCAACAGCUCAGUCCCAGAGGGGGAGGCACUGAGGACGUUUGGCCGGUUACGCUGUUACGACCUGGCCCGGUCCGAAGCCGUUCUCACCGCUCAGCACGGCUCAUCCCAGUACCAGGUCUGUGUCAACACCAAGUUUGUGGAGCCAUUCCAAGCCCAGCUAGGAUCUUGCUACAUGGUCCUGGGAGAAGCUGAACACGGGGAAG